AUGAAAAAUGGACUUGUUGCAAUUGGCCUGGCAACUUUGAUCUCGAUGUUUUCCCUGAUCUUCGAUGCAGUUCUAGCAACAAAAAUCUACAACGCGAUGAAAAUUUUGAAUCUAAGCGAUCAUGUCAAAAAAGUUCAUCGAACUUUAUUGAUCACAUUGAUCGCUCAAACAACAAUUCCCUCAUUUCUAACAUUUAUCCCGUGUUGUAUUUGCUGGUUUUACCCAAUUCUAGACUUGGAUUGGAGUAUUUACUGUAACUCAAUUGUUUCUCCAAUGAUAAGUUCUUAUCCAGUUAUUGAUCCGAUUGUUAUCAUUUUUGCAUUGGUUGAUUAUCGAAGAGUUGUUUUGAAGAUUUUUGGGAUCAAAUCGACUUCUGUUAUAUCGAAUAUUUCAUCGAUUGUUGAAACAACAAGAAUUUAA